ACUCCCUCACCUGCCCAAGCUGAAGUCAUCAAUCCUUCCCCCAUCUUUGUAAUCAUUAACUUUGCAGCAGCUUUGAUUUCUUCCAAAUGACACUGCUGCAGUGUCUUGGUCACUUGUCCUCAGUAAAUGCCUUCUGCCUGCCUCUGCUUUGCAGCACAGGGAGCUGUUGUCCCCAGCAUGUCUUGUUUCCAGGAGCUCUUGCUGAAGGCUGCUUUCCAGGACUCCAGGGAGCAGGUCUGUACAUGCUCCUUAACAUGUAUCUAAACUUCUCUUCUUUCUCAUUUCAGAAGUACUAUGGAACCUCUGGAGCCCUGUAGGUUUGGAAGGCUUAAAUCCACCUGUGGAAAGGCUUUUCCCAUCCCAGAUGAUUUGCUGGCUUAGGCACUUCCUUAGGAUGGCUUUGGAGCAAGUUGGAUUGAACAUGGAAUCAGUGCUGUGGUCGAGCAAGCCCUACGGUUCCUCCCGGAGUAUUGUGAGGAAGAUUGGCACCAACCUCUCCCUGAUCCACUGUCCAAGAGUGCACUUUCAGCUUACUUCUCAUGCCACAGAAGGACAGCUUAGAGAAGAUGCAGUGGCCUCCUUUGCAGACGUGGGAUGGGUGGCUCAAGAAGAAGGUGAAGUCUCUACAAGGCUCAGCCCACUGGAAGAAGAGCCAGUGCUGAGGAACCCGGUGUUGGCCAAUGAUGAAGCUCUGCAGAAGAUCAGUGCUCUGGAAAAUGAACUGGCCACCCUGAGAGCACAAAUAGCCAAAAUUGUGACCAUGCAGGAGCAACAGAACCUGACAGCAGUUGGGUCAAGCCCAGUUGCUCCAGCAGCUCUUCCUGUUGCACCUCCACCACCACCUCCUCCUCCGCCGCCGCCGCCGCUCCCAGCGCCGGGCCGCCAGCAGAGCAUGUCUGCAAUUGACCUCAUUAGAGAAAGGAAAAGCAGAAAGAGCAACUCUGGCCAGCACCUGGCAGAGAAUGGGCCAAGGAAGGCUGAGCUGCCAAACAUGCUGGAGGUCCUCAAGGACAUGAGCAGCGUGAAGCUGCGCGCCGUCAAAAGGUCCUCAGAAGGUACCAAAUCCAAGGCUGACCCUGCAGACCCAGCAGCACUCAUAGCAGAAGCACUCAAGAAGAAAUUUGCUUAUCGCUACCGGAGCGACAGCCAAAGUGAGCCGGAGAAGGUGACCCCAAAGCCUGAGACAAGGACACAGCCUGAGGUGGUGCUGUUUGGGCCUCACAUGCUGAAGUCUACAGGAAAAAUGAAGACUUUAAUUGAAAAAUCUUAACCCCUGAAGCCCCCCAGUGCAGGACUGUGCUGAGCUGGUGUGCCUGGAUGGAACCUUUCCUGCUGCCAAGAGCACCGAGUGGCCUCAGCCAGCAGAGGGAAAGCCCAGGGGCAGCUGGAGGCCCUGAGCAGGCUGGUUGGUGACUCACUGCUGCCCUCAGCUCCUCCUUUUGUAUCCAGGCCUGGCUUUCCUGCUCAGCCUUGUGUGGUGGCUUUACUUUAUUAACACUAAGGUAGAGAGAGCAACAUGCUGUGCAUAACUGACCCCCUGGAGUGUGUGCCCAUGCUCACAGUGACACCACCCCCUUCAGCUCAGAGCAGUUCCUGGAGCUCUGCCUAGCUGGCACUACAAUCUUUGGUUGGGUACUGGAGUUCCCCUGUCCACAUCCUCCUUUGCACCUUCAGUUUGGCAAACUUUUAAGCCCCAAGAAAACCUGACUGCAGCCAGCUUCCUCCUGAGAGUGACAGCUUCAAGCUGCUGCAGAAAGCAGCUGCUGUGAGAUGGUUUCAGGCACAGGGUUUGGGGUUUUUUCCCCCAAUCAGAUGCUGUGGAAGCCUCUCCGGAGGCAGCCUGAAGGACUGGGAAGAGCCAGUAGAGAGCAGCAGAGGCC